ACAUUUAUAAUUUUAUACAUGUAGAUUAUAUAUAUAAUCUAACCUCUGUUCUUCUUGGACCAUCACCACCUGUAUUACUGUCUCUCUCUUUCUGGAUCAACUGAAUCACACACACACUCUCUCUCGCCGACAUGGCUAAGUUCUUUUUUCCUCUGGUUCUUCUACUCAUUCUACACUCUGCAAUUCCAUCACUGCAAAAAAUGAGCCCCGUCGAUCUUGCAGCUCUAUCAGCCAUAAAGGACAGUCUCAUUGACAUUAAGCAUAACAACUUCUUCUCCACCUGGGACUUCACCGCACCUGAUCCCUGCUCGUCCUUCUCCGGCAUUGCUUGUUCUUCUCUUAACAGAGUCAUUUCUCUGACCCUCGGAACCGGACUCUCUGGCUCACCUGGACUAGCGGGGUCACUCUCCCCCUCCAUAGCCAAUCUCACCGAGUUAACCCAACUCAUUCUCUUCUCCGGACUCGUCACUGGUCCUAUACCUCCCCAAAUCGGCCAACUCAAGAAUCUCCGAGUCAUUUCCUUGACCAAGAAUCGCUUAACUGGUCCUAUCCCCACUACAUUCUCUUCCCUCCCAAAUCUACACACGCUCGAUCUGAGUUUCAACGAACUCACCGGAUCAAUCUCGCCGGGUCUCACGGGGUUGACUCAGUUGAAGGUCCUCAUCUUGGCUUCCAAUCGUCUCUCCGGCGACCUGCCCGACGUCGUUUCGACUGAGCUACUGCAUUUGGAUUUGAAAAUCAACAAAUUAACGGGAAAGCUGCCGUUAAGUUUACCGUCAACGAUCCGUUACCUGUCAUUGUCAGAAAACACGAUGUGGGGCCAGAUCAACGGACUACAAUCACUCUCAGAGUUAGUGUUUCUCGAUCUAAGCAUGAACCAAUUCAGUGGGCCCAUCCCUCCUUCACUGUUCGAUCCGAGACUCUCGUUAAUGUUCCUGCAACGGAACAAUUUAUCCGGAGGGGUCCCACCGAGGACGUCGGACCCCACAGCGUCGUACGGUGAGGGAUCGAUCGUGGACCUCAGCCACAACUUCCUGACGGGGGAAUUAUCAGGUGUCUUGGCGGGAGUCGAGACGCUGUUCUUGAAUAACAACCGUCUGAUGGGAACGAUUCCGCAAGAUUACAUUGACAGCGUGUACAGUGGGACCACCAAGACAUUGUACUUGCAGCACAAUUACAUGUCUCGGUUUCCGUUGAAACCCGGUAGGGAGUUGCCUGAUACGGCGUCGAUAUGCUUGGUUUAUAACUGCAUGGUACCGCCGGUUGGGCUCACAACUUGCCCGGCCAGCGCCGGUGAUCAACUAUCGAGACCGGCUCCGCAGUGUUCAGGAGUUUUUGAGAUUCUCAAUUCUAGUAUCCCAUAGAUAUCUGGGACGUAAGUAAUUUCUAUACAGUAGAAAAAUUAGUUUAUUAUACUGAUUCUGGUUUGGUAUAUUGUUUUUUUUUUGUUUCAUAUUUUAUGUGUCUGUAAGAGACUGAACCAUAGAUAUUAAUAUUGUGAUGUACCAUUUGUGUUGAUACUUGUCUACAUCCUAGAGGUCACAGUCUCGCAGAUUAAACUUCAGAAAGCAAUACACAAGUUUAAUUUCCGAAAGCCGUUUUUUUACAUAU